GCGAGGUGGCGCGCAGGGUCUUCCGGAAGUGGCGUAAGUGACCAUGACCUUCCUCUCUUUAGUCACGUACAGUCAUGUAGACCAGACGCACGGAUGGUCGCGAAAUGUAGGAAUAGAGAAAAUUACCUCGCAAAGCGCCCCGUGGUGUGUUUACGCUGUUUUUAGCACAGGCAGGUUGAGAGGGAACAAUGAAGUAUUUCAGCUGUGCGGGCUUUCUGAAGAGCUCGUGGGACCAAGUGUUUUUGGCUUUCUGGCAGAGAUACCCCAACCCCUACAGUAAUCAUGUUUUAACCGAAGACAUCAUAUUUCGGGAAGUCACUCCGGACAACUGUCUGAUUUCCAGACGUCUCUUGACCAAAACAGGCAGAGCUCCUCGCUGGGCAGAGAAGUUUCUGCCUGCUCACAUGGCACAGAAGGCUUACAUCAUUGAGGACUCGGUAGUGGAUCCUCAGGGCAGGACCAUGACCACUCUCACCUGGAACAUCAGCCACGCGCGUGUGAUGAGUAUUGAAGAGCGUUGCGUGUACAGAGUGAACCCUGACAACAACGGCUGGACUGAGAUCAAGAGAGAGGCCUGGAUUUCUUCCAACCUGUACGGUCUCUCCAGAGCUAUUCAGGAAUUCGGUCUCGCCCGGUUUAAGAGCAACGUUACGAAGACUAUGAAAGGCUUCGAGUACGUCCUGGCUAAGAUGCAAGGUGAAAUGCCCGCACGCACUCUGGCAGAAACCGCAACUGUGAAGGCACGUGAGACCGCACUCGCCGCCAAGGAGAAGGCGAAAGAUUUAGCCUCUCAAGCUCAAAAGAAGCAGUAUGUCUGAUGCCGGGAGGUGGCGCAGUGUCCGGACUCUCCCAGCACUCCAGGAAAGGGCCGUGCCGUUCCGUCACACAGGGCACAGACGUGGACGCGACAUGCCUUUAGCCAGGAGCUGAGAUGAACAAAUCAUGCCCGUCUGGCAUUUAGCGAGCCCCUGUACUCUUCGACUGAAAUUCUCCAGUAAACUUGAAUACAGCAACAUCCUCCGCCUGCUCUUGAUUUUACAUUAAUUGUAUUUUUUUGAUUGCUAAAUUAAUUUUUUUAAUUUCUCCGAUUUUAUUGACGUAUUUAAAAUGUGGCCUCUCUGAAUCUUUCUAUUCAGACUUGCUGAGGUCUAUAAUCUGCCUUGUUAAGCAAUGUUGUUUUGUUUCUUUGAAGUUUUGCAUUGAUGGGUUGACCGUUGCAGCAGUCAUUGCCGGCGUGAUGUGUAGAGUUCUGCAGAGGAGUAUGGUCUUUGGCAUGCGAGAGCGUGUCCCAGAAAGGUUUGCAGCGAACGGGCGGUGAUGACAACUUUUACACUUGUAACUGAACAAUGUCAGAUGUUGAAUGUCUGAAAGAACUCAAUGCAUUUGUUUAAUGAGAAAAGACUGUUUUAUAGCUCUUAAUUGUUUGAUCAAGUAUUACCAAUAAAUAUUUUCUAUUUGA